AUGGCGACCAUGGCAGCUGCUGCUCGCGAUAUCCACCAGGCCUCCGACAUGAGCCGAGACAACUUAACUGUUGUAGCGGCUCGGAGUGUCCCUGCGACGACUGUGACACGAUCUCAAGCCCUCCCCACCCCUCCAAACUCCAUCUCUCCCGCCCUGCCACCUCACGGCCUCAAGGCCCAACUCCAGAAGGCCAAGCUCGAGCCUAUAGAUUCAGACUUGGACCUGCAUGACAGCGAGGCCCGGCGAGAGGCGUCGCGAUCGCCCUCGUUUGACACCACAGGUUCUAUCAGUACCACCCUGCUGGCUAAGCAUCACCUCCCAGAGAUCCUCCUCAACCACGGCCCUCUGGCCAUCCGCCACAUCAUGGGCUACCUGACAACGUCGGUGCCGGGUUUCGCAGGAAUCCCCCCGACAAAGGCGCGCCGGUUGGUGGUUGGAGCCCUGGAGGGUCGCGGAGGUGAGGGUGGCGGAGUAGACGGUGAUGUAGAGUUUGAAAAGGUGGGCUGGGGACGAUGGGAUGCCCGGCGGCGCGGCCAGCCAGCGCGGACUUCACCUCCCGCAGACUACCGCUCCGGCAUUCCUAUUACCAAGAACGGCGGGCGCUCUCGCCUGAACGUAGCCUCCUCCAGUAACGGCGACGACUCCAUCGUCUUCUCCCAUGACGAUCGGGACGCCAUGAUGAUGGAGAACGAAGCGGACAAGAUGUCCCUGGAUGGCUCGGCAUCCGCCUCCUGCUCCGAGGCUCCGGAUGAUGACGACAUCGACAUGAACGAUGAUCCCGAGGACGCCACCGAUGACGAGGACUGGGCCGCCAUGGGAGCUGCUGCUCUCCGCGCCGAGUCCUAUUCCAACGCCGCUGCGCAGUCGGUCGGACGCAGCUUCCUCUCCAACGGUGUAUAUACUUCUGGAGGUCUGCGAUCCGUCUCGACCGGCAUGGCCCGUUCGCAUCAACCUUUGCCCUUCGACUUCUCGGCGCUGGGGGCCACGUCUGACGCUCAAGAGCGUGAGGCGGUUGAGGCUCUCCUGCGACUGGGUUCUGUAUAA